GAGGCACUAUGCCACUGAGAGCCGCUGGUGGUGUCCAUAAAUAGAAGAUUCUAAUUCCCUUUACCAAAAUUUCAUUUUUUAAAAGAAUUUAUAUAUAUAUAGAAACCAUAAUUUAAGGGGGAAAAGGACAUAGCCAUUACCCACUUUUCUUAUCAGGUCUCUUAUUUACUUGUAGAGAGUGAGUAUGUGGGAGAGCCCAUUUUGAUACUAGUUGAAAAUGACAUAUCUAUAAUGUCAUUUCAUGUGAUGCAUUUUCUUGCAUAAGGUUGCCUGCACAAAAGCAAAGAACAAGAAGAAAGGUAAAAAUAAUAUGUUGUGUAGGAAACACUUGAGUUGUGAUGAAGAUACAAGAGGAUCUGUACCAGUUUAUCUUAAUGUUUAUGAUCUAACACCAAUUAAUGGCUAUGCUUAUUGGCUUGGACUUGGAGUUUAUCAUUCUGGUGUUCAAGUUCAUGGUGUUGAGUAUGCAUUUGGGGCUCAUGAGUAUCCGACAACUGGAAUUUUUGAAGGAGAGCCUAAGCAGUGCGAGGGAUUUAGAUUUAGGAAGACACUUUUGAUUGGAAAAACAGAUUUGGGACCUGCUCAGGUGAGGGCAGUAAUGGAAGAACUGGCAGCAGAAUACAGAGGGAAUGCUUACAAUUUGAUUACCAAGAACUGCAACCAUUUCUGCAAUGAUGCUUGUGUUAAACUCACUGGCAAUCCAAUCCCAAAUUGGGUUAAUCGCCUUGCUAGAAUUGGAUUUCUAUGCAAUUGUGUUCUUCCUGCAAAUUUAAAUUCAACCAAAGUUGGGCAUCAUAAAAUAGAAGACAAGCCUGAUGAAACAGAGAAGAAAAAACUAACAAGUGUAUCCAACAGAUUCACAUCUUCUUCUAACUCAUCAUCUUCUUCUUCAUCAUCUCCUUCUGGAAAUCAAACCCGUGGUAGAAGUAGAAACAGAAGCAGAAGCAGACGCGUUAUUCCACCAUCUUCUCCCUUGAUUUCUUCAUCACCUUGAUGAUCAUCAAUCAAUUCUUUUCCCCCCUUUUACAAUUUCUUGAGAAUUCUCCAAAGAAAAUGAAGGGAAGCAAAAUAUUUAUUUCUAAUUCUCUCUGCUUUUAAAGGUUUCAUUCUUUUCUUGGCAUUUUUUGAUGCUAACAUAUUUUCUUGAGUUAUGAAGGCAUAAUGCACAUAAAUGUAUAUGUGUAUGCUUUUAUUCAAGUUUUUCUCUUCUUUUCCUUUUUCCUUAAAGAGAAUUUUCUGCCAAGUGAUGUUAUGUCUCUGCAAUAUUACCAAGUUCACUUCAUUUUUCUUUGGUUUAGUGUAGAGAGAUAGAUUUUGGUUUUGGCUAAGCUUGUAACUUGUGGAAAUUAAGCACGAGAUGUUAAUUUUUCUGUUCUUUUGUAUUCAAAUGAAUGAAGUUUGAUAAUCCAAAUUCAAGACAGAUUGCAGUAA